AUGAUGCCCUUUGGUGGGAUGGCUGCCCGUCUGCAGAGAGACCGCCUGAGAGCUGAGGGGCUUGGCGAGCACAGCAAUGCCAUCAAGUACCUCAAUCAAGACUAUGAGACCCUCAAACAGGAGUGCCUUGAGAGUGGCACCCUCUUCAGGGACCCCCAGUUCCCAGCUGGACCCUCCGCCCUCGGAUUCAAGGAGCUGGGGCCACACUCCAGCAAGACACGGGGGGUGGAGUGGAAGCGUCCAUCAGAAUUAGUGAAUGAUCCUCAGUUCAUUGUUGGUGGUGCAACCCGGACAGACAUCUGUCAGGGGGCUCUGGGUGACUGCUGGCUGCUGGCUGCCAUCGGCUCUCUCACUCUCAAUGAGGAGCUCCUGCACCGUGUGGUGCCCCAUGGGCAGAGCUUCCAGGAGGACUAUGCUGGCAUCUUCCAUUUUCAGAUCUGGCAGUUUGGAGAGUGGGUGGACGUGGUGGUGGAUGACCAGCUGCCCACCAAAGAUGGGGAACUUCUGUUUGUGCACUCAGCAGAGUGCACUGAGUUCUGGAGUGCUCUGCUGGAGAAGGCCUAUGCCAAGCUGAACGGCUGCUAUGAGGCACUUUCAGGGGGCAGUACCACCGAGGGCUUUGAGGACUUCACUGGUGGUGUGGCAGAGAUGUACGAUCUGAAGCGGCCGCCACGCAACAUGGGCCACAUCAUCCGCAAGGCACUGGAGAGGGGGUCCCUGCUGGGCUGCUCCAUCGAUAUCACGAGUGCCUUUGACAUGGAAGCGGUGACCUUCAGGAAGCUGGUGAAGGGCCAUGCCUAUUCUGUCACAGCCUUCAGAGAUGUGAACUACCGGGGUCAGCAAGAACAACUCAUCCGCAUCAGGAACCCCUGGGGUCAGGUGGAGUGGACCGGAGCCUGGAGUGAUGGCUCUUCUGAGUGGGACAACAUUGAUCCCAGUGACAGGGAAGAGCUGCAGCUGAAGAUGGAGGAUGGAGAGUUCUGGAUGUCUUUCCGGGACUUCAUGAGGGAGUUCUCCAGGCUGGAGAUCUGCAACCUGACCCCUGAUGCCCUCACCAAGGAUGAGCUCAGCAGAUGGCACACACAAGUGUUCGAGGGCACGUGGCGCCGGGGAAGCACUGCUGGGGGCUGCAGGAAUCACCCAGCCACAUUCUGGAUCAACCCCCAGUUUAAGAUCAAGUUGCUGGAAGAGGAUGAUGAUCCUGGUGAUGACGAGGUGGCCUGCAGCUUCCUGGUGGCUCUGAUGCAGAAGCACCGGCGGCGGGAGCGGCGCGUUGGGGGUGACAUGCACACCAUCGGCUUUGCUGUCUAUGAGGUUCCUGAGGAGGCCCAGGGCACCCAGAACGUGCACUUGAAGAAGGACUUCUUCCUGCGAAAUCAGUCACGGGCACGGUCCGAGACUUUCAUCAACCUGCGGGAGGUGAGCAACCAGAUCCGGCUGCCCCCUGGCGAGUACAUCAUUGUGCCCUCCACCUUCGAGCCACACAAGGAGGCCGACUUCGUCCUGCGGGUCUUCACUGAGAAGCAGUCAGACACAGCGGAGCUGGAUGAGGAGAUCUCAGCAGAACUGGCAGACGAGGAGCAAAUAACUGAGGAUGACAUAGAGGACGGCUUCAAGAACAUGUUCCAGCAGCUGGCAGGGGAGGACAUGGAAAUCAGCGUCUUUGAGCUCCGGACCAUUCUGAACAGAGUCAUUGCUAGACACAAAGAUCUGAAGACAGAUGGGUUCAGCCUGGACUCCUGCCGCAACAUGGUCAACCUGAUGGAUAAAGAUGGCAGUGCCCGCCUUGGGCUGGUGGAGUUCCAGAUCCUGUGGAACAAGAUCCGGAGCUGGCUGACGAUCUUCCGCCAGCACGACCUGGAUAAGUCGGGCACCAUGAGCUCCUAUGAGAUGCGCAUGGCUCUAGAGUCAGCUGGUUUCAAGCUGAACAACAAGCUGCAUCAAGUAGUGGUGGCCCGCUAUGCAGAUGCUGACAUGGGUGUGGACUUUGACAACUUUGUCUGCUGCCUGGUGAAGCUGGAGGCCAUGUUCAGGUUCUUCUAUAGCAUGGACCCUGAAGGCACUGGCACUGCUGUCAUGAACCUCUCUGAGUGGCUGCUGCUAACAAUGUGCGGCUAGGAGCCAUGACAGAUCUGCUGUGGCUGAGACAACCCAGCUGGGCCAGGCCCCCUCCAAGUGCCUCCCCUUGGAUCUGUGGACACAGCAUACUCUUCCCUCCUUACUUCAUCACAUGCUGAGCCACCAGCCUUGCCUCCCAGCAAGCCUCACACCGCCCUCUCUGGUGUACCAGGGGUCAAGGCAGGCAGAGGAUACCCUUCUCCUUUUCUGGGCUGGGCUUCUUAUCACUUCCACCCCACCUCUCUCCCCACUCCAGAACAGGAGGAGGGCAGGCAGCAUGGGCUACCUGUGCAUCCCUGCACUGAACUUGGCAGGAGUGAAGGACUGGGCUGGGAGCUGGCUGUGUAGCAGAGAGAGGCAGGAGCUGCAGGGGCGAAGAGAGGAGGUACCCGUAUCGCUUGCUCUAGUGCUGUUCCAUCCCUGCCGGAACACAUUGCCUGUCUCUGCACAUACCUGGGAGCAUCAGCAGCUACUGCAUUGCUCAGGCAGAGGCAGCAGGUUCCUGGCGAGUCAGAGUUGCCUUCUUGGGGGGAGGAAGGGCCAUACUGCUCUUCUUGAAGCCCUCGCACUGUACUCAGCACCACUAAGCACGACCAAAGUGUGGAGCCCACUGGUUCUUUCUGUGUGGCCUUCAACACAUCCCUCCCACCUUCAUGCCUCUCCCUGCCUUUGCCCCACCACUGGGUGUAGCCCUGCAACUUAAGCACUGACUGUUUGGGGGCUCCCCUUCCCUGUGAACAUGUGACACUCUUCAGUGCAGCAGAAGCUCUUCUCUUCCACGUGGCACAGCAAUGCUACCACUGUCACUGGCUUGGCCUACCCUCCCAUCCCUGGAGCUCCUGGGGCAUCCAGUGCCCCUGCCUAUGGCCCACAGCAGGGCUGGGAGGGAGCCAGUAUCCAAGAAGUGAUGCCGUCUCCCAGAGAGGGAGGGGGAGGUGGUCUUAGGGGUGUUCUCCUGCAUACAGUUGGGGGUUCUUCCCCCUUUCCCUCACUCUCACAUACUAUUACACUCUCCUCUUCCCUUGACGUCCUUCACCCAGUGCAGAUGGCCUUCAGUGCAAACACUUCGCUGUGCUUCUCCAUUCCCCUCACCACCUUCUGUGGUAAUGGGGAGGCUCCAGCUUGGUGGUGGGCAGCAGCUCGUCCUUUGCCCUGUAGAAGCAGGUUGGCAGGCAGUUAGUUUCCCCCAGGCCCCUGUCAUCACUGGAGGACACGCCUGCAGCAAUAACCACUGCUGCCCGCCUGGCAGCUCCGCUUCCUCACCCUGCUCACUGCGCGCUCUGGGAAUAAA